AUGUUCCUUCGAAAUGCCGAUACCUCGACGCUGUAUGCCUCCACUGCAACAAGAAGGGUCAUAUACGUCCCGCCUGCAGAAAUCUUGCAGCAAACAAGGUCGUCCACUGAAGCUAAAACGAAGCAAACAAAAAAGAAGGACACUACAAAUGCUUCAAAGGCUGAAAAUGUUGGAACCAUUCGCCAGGGUAUUGACUCAGAGCUACUUGCGCACGUCACUGGUGGUGGAUGCGAGCCCAUUUGGUUAAAACCAGAAAUUGAGGGCCAUCUAAUUCCAAUGGAAAUGGACACAGGGUCAAAGUAUACUAUUGUACCCCAAGUUGUCUACUCGAAGCAUUUCAGCCACAUUCCACUGGAACCUACCUCCAUUAAAUUUCGAACUGUGACAAGUGAAUGCUUCGUACCUGAUGGCGUAGCCACAGUUCAAGUAAAAUUUCGAGAGAAAUGUUCAAGGCUCCAACUCUAUGUUGCAAGAACCCCAGGACCAGCACUGUUUGGCCGAGAGUGGAUUCAAGAAUUCAAGUUGCUUGAAGAAACAAAUGGAAUCUUCAAGACGUCGACUGCAACAAAAGCUUCUCAAGAAGAAGUCGAAAAUAAGCUGAACCAGAUUCUAGAAACUCACAAGGUCGUAUCUGAAAACUCCAUCGGGAAGUUGAAUGGAAUCAAGGCAACCUUAAACUUGAAGGAAAAUGUUCAGCCCAAGUUCUUUCGUGCUCGUCAAGUUCCAUACGCACUCAAGGAAAAAGUCUUUGCCGAAUUGGACCGACUAGAAUCGGAAGGUAUUCUGACCAAAGUCAAUGUCAGUGAAUGGGCUACUCCCAUAGUUCCUGUAGUAAAGCCCAAUGGGACAGUCAGGAUAUGUGGAGAUUUCAAGAGCACCAUCAAUCAACACUUAGUCGUGGAUCAGUAUCCUCUACCACUGGUUGAGGACAUUUUCGCGAAGUUAUCUGGUGGUCAGAAAUAUACAAAAAUUGACCUCCGGCAAGCAUUCCUUCAAAUGGAAGUGGAUGAGAAGUCCAAGCAUUUGCUAACUAUCAAUACAGAAAAGGGACUCUUCCGGUAUAACAGGAUGGUGUUUGGUAUUGCUCCCGCACCUGCGAUCUGGCAACGCACCAUCGAACAAGUUCUACAGGGUGUUCCUAUGACACAUGCAACCCAAGACGACAUAUUAGUGAGUGGUACUACUGAAGAGGAUCAUCUCGAAAAUCUUUCGGAAGUCCUCAAGCGCCUGGAAUCGUUUGGACUAAAAGCAAACCUGCAGAAGUGCUCCUUCUUCCAGGACAGCAUUGUGUACUGCGGAUACAAGAUCAGCAGCGAAGGUCAGCUGCAUUCCUUUCUUGGGCUAAUCAACUACUACGGAAAAUUUAUUCCGGACAGCGCAAAUCUUUUGCGACCUUUGCACGCACUUUUGGAAAAAUCUGCAAAGUGGAAAUCGACAAAAGACUGCAAAGUAGCCUUCCAAAAAGCUAAAAAAAUAAUUGCGUCUGACACAGUCCUUGUCCACUACAAUCCGCAGCUACCACUCCGUCUCGCUUGUGAUGCCGGACCACAUGGUCUCGGCGUAGUUCUUUCUCACGAAAUGCCUGAUGGGACAGAAAGGCCAAUCGCAUUUUCCUCGAGAACUCUUAAAACGGCAGAAAAGAACUACUCACAAAUUGACAAAGAGGCCCUAGCCAUUGUCUGGGGAGUACAGAAGUUCUACGCUUAUUUAUAUGGCCGACAUUUCAGACUUAUAACGGACCAUCAACCGUUGACGCAUAUCUUCUCGCCAAUGAAGGGUAUACCUGCAAUGCAAGCAGCACGUCUCCAACGCUAUGCUCUCUUUCUCUCCGCCAUGGACUACGACAUGGUCUAUAAGAGGUCGGAAGACAACGGCAAUGCUGACAGUUUGUCACGGUUACCUCUACCAGAUGUUCCACCGGAGGGCCCAGAUGAAGCUGAGCUUUACCAUUUAAGCCAAUUUGAGCAACUUCCUGUUACUCAUUCACAACUGCGAGACGCAACCCGACGAGAUGUUAUUCUGUCCAAGAUAUAUUGGAAUGUCAUGAAUGGCUGGGACAGUUCUAACUCGGACGAAGAUCUUGUGCCUUACAUCCGACGCAAAGAUGAACUAUCUGUGCAACAAGGAGUUCUAACAUGGGGCACUCGCACCGUCAUUCCCGCGAAACUCGUACAGUCAAUUCUUGACGAGCUUCACCGUGGUCACAUGGGAAUCGUUAAAAUGAAAGCUUUGGCACGAUCCUACGUAUGGUGGCCAAACAUCGAUCGUGACAUCGAAGCUGUUGCGAGGAAUUGCGAAGGUUGUCUGAAGAACCAAAAUGAGCCACCUAAGGCUCCAUAUCAUCCGUGGGAAAUUCCUAACGGACCAUGGAAACGAGUCCAUUUGGACUUCGCCGGGCCAUUCCAAGACAAAAUGUUCCUGGUAGUUGUGGACGCCUUCUCCAAAUGGCCUGAAGUAAUCGUCAUGAGCUCUACUACUGCUUCUUACACUGUAGAUGUCCUACGGACGAUCUUUGCCAGAAACGGCAUACCCGAACGUAUCGUCACUGACAAUGGACCACAGUUCACAUCAAGCGUGUUCAUGGAGUUCAUGAGGAACAAUGGAAUUCAACAUUCCUUGACAGCACCAUACCACCCAGCAACCAAUGGACUUGCUGAGCGUUUUGUCCAGACACUCAAAUCAAGCCUGAAAUCUAUGCAGGGGGAAGGGAGUAUCCACGAGAAUCUCGCAAAGUUCCUUAUUGCAUAUCGCACUUGCCCCCACACAACGACUGGGGAAACUCCAUCAAAACUCUUCCUGGGACGCGAAAUUCGCACCCGCCUGUCACUUAUCAGGACAAGUGUUCAAGACAGUAUACGAGACAAGCAAGAUAAAUUGUUCGAGCGGAACCAUGGAAGAGAACGUUACUUUGAACCGGGACAACAUGUUUCUGUUCGUGACUACAGAGGAACCGAUAAGUGGACCACUGGUCUUGUCCUCAGACGCCACGGACCAUUGUCCUAUGAAGUAAAGGUUGGUGACAAAGUCUGGCGCCGGCACAUCGACCAGCUGAAACCGGGUGCCUGCGAACGUCAAAACGCUCGAGAAGAAAACCGCGGACCAACUUCAAAUGACUCUGCUGUUCCAGAGCCCAUGGUAGCGGAUCGACCACACCAACCAGAAGCAGAAGAUACUCCUCCGAGCGAGUUGCACACGACUCCUGAGAAUGUGCACGCUCCGAAUACAGCAGUCCCUGAUCUAGGAAAUGGGAAUGCACAAGUCGCAAAGACGCCCCGUCCCCAACGAAAAAGAAGACCUCCGGAAAGGCUGAUUGUGGGACUGGACUAA